AGGAAGCAAUAGAUGAUGGCACUGAGAAGAAGAAAGAGAAAAAUGUGAGACACAAAAACGGAAAAGGGAUAAUUGGAGAGAAGAAAAACGAUGAUAGUUCAGUUGGGAGCGAUUUGAGAAGAAGAGAAAGGGAGGGAGAGAGCAAAGACUCCUCGUGAUGCCACGUGGCAUGGUUAGAGUGGGAGAGUGGUUUUGGUUUUGGGUUGAACAACAACAACAACUCUCUCUCUCUCCUGCCAUGUCAGAGCGUAACCCCGUCCUAUGACCCCGGCGAAUCCGUAUUUGUGUGUCUUUCUCUCUCUACCACUCUUUCUCUCUCUACAAGACAACAUCAACAAACAACAACAACAACAGCUAUCUCUUUUUCUCUCUCUAUUUAUUCAUUUGUCUGCCCCCUUCUCUCUCUCUCUCUCCUCGUGUCUCUCAUCUCGUUGCGUCCAUGCCCUAAUACCCUUCCCUUUCUGCACACCCACUUUCCCCUUUUCGCUCUUCCAAUCUCAUGCAAUCCCUCUCCGUGCUGCUAUUUGAUCCAUCAGCCAGAUUGGAUGCAUAUAUGAACGAUGAAAGAAAACAAAUCAUCAGCACCUAAAAUGCUUAACAGGAAUUGGCUUUUAAAACGUAAGCGGAGAAAACUUCCUUUAGGACCAGAACAGUCCUCUGGUAAAGAGCAGUCCAACAGUAAAGAAGACAAUUCAGUAACAUCUGAAUCUUCUAGACAUGCUUCAGCUAAACAUGUGCUAAAGACUGAAGUGGCUGCUGAUCAAGUUUCAUCUAAGAAGAAAGGAAAUGACGGGUAUUACUACGAAUGCGUGAUCUGUGAUGUUGGUGGCAAUUUAUUGUGCUGUGAUAGCUGUCCUCGCACUUAUCAUUUACAAUGUCUUGAUCCACCUCUUAAGCGCAUCCCUAAUGGGAAGUGGCAGUGUCCAAGCUGCGUUGAAGGAAAUGAUCAGCUAAAGCCCAUAAACCACCUGGAUUCAAUUUCAAAACGAGCAAGGACAAAGAUUGUCACUGCAAAAUCAAAAGGUGAAGUUAACUCACUUAACCUUGAAAAAGUAUCUGGACUUUUUGGAAGUAAACUUAUUUCAAAGAAAAGGUCCUCCAGCAAAGGAAAAUCUAUUUCGAACAUAGGAGUCAAAUUUUUUGGAAAGAAAUUUUUGUCUUCUCCCGUAGAUGCAACUUGUAGCAACAAGCCAGUUGACCCGUCUCUUGGGAGUCCUAUGGAAGGAACUUCGUCAUGUGUGGAUCCUGAUGAGAAGAAAUUAAACUUGUCCCCAACAGACUCCCCGAUGGACAGGAAGUCAACUUCGCCAGUCAAGGAAGUUUUAUCUCUCCCUAAAAUUACUAAUUUAGAAGUAAAUGAUGAACAGAUGGAGGGGAGGACCGAUUUAUCUUGCAAUAAAUUUCCUUUAAGAAAAACACUUGUUCUUGCUGUUACUGCUGGAGGAGAGGAAGUGAGAAAAAGGAAGAAUAAAGUUGUUAAUGAUAAUCCUAGUCAAAAGAAACGGAAGACUGAAAAGGGGAAAAAAAUUGUCAAUCCUUCCUUAAAGUCCAAGUCUGGAAGUAAUAAAGUAAAUAAGAAGCAGAAGUCUAUAAUGCAUAGCAUUUCUGCAUCUGUAUCAAAAGAGGAUGUUGGAAAUAAGAAUUCUUACGCCCAGCAGAAAGAUAAGAAGCUCCCUCAGGCAAUGAAAGACACAUCAAAUGAACUUGAUAAAACAGGAAAUCUUGUGGACGAAACUUUGAUGCAUGAAAACAGUACUAUUGUUGAACCUCUGCAGGUUGAUCGGGUUCUAGGGUGUCGAAUUCAAGGUGAGAACACAAAUUCAAUGCGACACUUAUCUUUGAACAUUGCAGAUGACUCACCUUCUGGUGAUCUGGUAUUAUCAGAAAACCAGACCAGACUACUAGAGGAUAAUUCUGCUUGUGAUAAUGAUUUGGAUGUUGAAUUGACUGAAAAUCUUGUCAAUGAUCGUCAAAAUGUCAUCAAGAAUUCUGAUGAAGAAGGAAUGUUGAAAAACACUAAUAGAGCAGAGAGAAUUCAUGUAUACAGAAGAUCAAUGACAAAAGAAAGUAAGAAAGGAAAUCCUGUAGAUUCAUUGAGUAAAGCCACUGAUGAUUUAGGUCCCUGUCCAAGGGAUGGUAAAGAUCAGCGUGAUUCUGCUGUAUCUGCUGAACAGUUGGAAAAACCCAAUGACAAGGUGGAAACACAGGAGAGAAUUAAUGUUGCUUUAAGAAGUGAGGACAACAGUGAGCUUUCACAAAAUUGUGAAAUACAUGUCUCUCUUGAAACAAAACAAAAAGAAACGAAUGCAGAGAAGGGAAUGAAUGGCAAGCAGGAUGCUAAUGUAGUCGAAUGUGCAGGUCCAAAUGGAGAGAAAGUUUCCUAUGAAUUUUUAGUUAAGUGGGUAGGAAAGUCUCAUAUUCAUAAUAGUUGGAUUUCUGAAUCCCAGUUAAAAGUUCUUGCUAAGAGAAAACUAGAAAAUUACAAGGCAAAGUAUGGGAUGGCAAUAAUUAAUAUCUGUGAGGAGCGUUGGAAGCAGCCUCAGCGAGUGCUUGCUCUUCGAAAUUCCAAACAUGGAACAUCUGAAGCAUUUGUAAAAUGGACUGGACUACCUUAUGAUGAAUGCACUUGGGAAGGUUUGGAGGAACCAGUGCUACAAAAUUCUUCUCAUUUGAUUACCCUUUUUAAUAAGCUCGAAACCCUCACGCAGGAAAGGGAUGCAUCCAAGGAAAAUUCAACUAGAAAAAGCAAUGACCAUCAAAAUGAUAUAUUUAAUCUUACUGAGCAACCUACGGAUCUGAAAGGUGGUUCUUUGUUUCCCCACCAGCUUGAGGCUUUGAACUGGUUGCGUAAAUGCUGGUACAAGUCCAAAAAUGUGAUACUUGCUGAUGAGAUGGGACUUGGGAAAACAGUAUCUGCCUGUGCUUUUAUUUCAUCGUUGUAUUUUGAAUUCAAAGUUUCACUUCCUUGCUUGGUCUUGGUACCACUUUCCACAAUGCCUAAUUGGCUUGCUGAAUUUGCUCUAUGGGCUCCAGAUGUGAAUGUUGUAGAAUAUCAUGGCUGUGCUAAAGCAAGAUCCAUAAUUCGCCAGUAUGAAUGGCAUGCAAAUGAUCCAAGUGGAUUGAAUAAGAAAACAGAAGCCUAUAAAUUUAAUGUGCUUUUAACUACCUAUGAAAUGGUUCUUGCUGAUUCUUCUCAUUUGCGUGGAGUUCCUUGGGAAGUUCUUGUUGUUGAUGAAGGCCAUCGACUGAAGAAUUCAGAAAGUAAGCUUUUCAGUUUGCUAAAUACAUUCUCUUUUCAACAUCGUGUACUGUUGACAGGUACUCCUCUCCAGAACAACCUUGGUGAGAUGUACAACUUGCUUAACUUCUUGCAGCCAGCUUCAUUUCCUUCUCUAUCUUUAUUUGAGGAGAAAUUUAAUGAUCUUACGACUGCGGAGAAAGUUGAUGAAUUGAAAAAACUUGUUGCUCCUCACAUGCUUCGUAGACUUAAAAAAGAUGCCAUGCAAAAUAUUCCCCCCAAGACAGAAAGAAUGGUUCCUGUUGAAUUGUCAUCUAUCCAAGCUGAGUAUUAUCGUGCAAUGCUUACAAAGAAUUAUCAAUUAUUGCGGAAUAUUGGGAAAGGGGUCGCCCAACAAUCUAUGCUGAACAUUGUGAUGCAACUGAGGAAGGUCUGCAAUCAUCCAUAUCUCAUACCGGGAACUGAGCCUGAUUCAGGAUCUGUUGAGUUCCUUCAUGAAAUGAGAAUAAAGGCUUCUGCUAAGUUGACUCUUUUGCAUUCUAUGCUAAAGAUUUUACACAGGGAAGGUCACAGAGUACUCAUUUUCUCACAAAUGACCAAGCUUCUUGACAUCCUGGAGGACUAUUUGAGCAUAGAAUUUGGGCCUAAAACAUAUGAGAGAGUGGAUGGCUCUGUUUCUGUAGCUGAUCGCCAGGCAGCUAUUGCACGUUUUAACCAAGACAAAAGCCGAUUUGUUUUCUUGUUAUCCACUCGCUCUUGUGGACUUGGGAUAAAUUUGGCAACUGCUGACACUGUCAUCAUCUAUGAUUCUGAUUUCAACCCUCAUGCAGAUAUCCAAGCAAUGAAUCGAGCACACAGAAUUGGACAAUCAAAUAGACUUCUAGUAUAUCGGCUAGUGGUUCGUGCUAGUGUUGAAGAGCGCAUCUUGCAGCUUGCUAAGAAGAAAUUGAUGCUUGAUCAGCUUUUUGUAAAUAAGUCUGGAUCUCAAAAAGAAGUGGAAGAUAUUUUAAAGUGGGGAACUGAGGAACUUUUCAACGAUUCUCCUGGACUGAAUGGGAAGGACCUGAGUGAAAAUAACAAUGGUAACAAAGAUGAGGCAGUGGCAGAUAUAGAACAUAAGCAUCGGAAAAGGACUGGCGGUCUGGGAGAUGUGUACAAAGAUAAGUGUACUGAUAGCAGCAGCAAGAUUCUGUGGGAUGAAAAUGCUAUUUUAAAAUUGCUUGAUCGCUCAAACCUUCAAGAUGGUUCAACUGACAUUGCUGAAGGGGAUUCUGAGAAUGAUAUGCUGGGCUCAGUAAAGGCCCUUGAGUGGAAUGAUGAACCAACAGAAGAACAUGUAGUAGGUGAAUCUCCUCCUAUUGGGACUGAUGAUAUGUGUACGCAAAAUUCUGAGAAGAAAGACGAUAAUGCAGCUAUUGGCAAUGAAGAAAAUGAAUGGGAUAGACUACUGCGUGUGAGGUGGGAGAAAUAUCAAAGUGAGGAGGAAGCAGCUCUUGGUCGAGGGAAGCGGCAGCGGAAAGCUGUUUCUUAUAGGGAAGUAUAUGCUCCACACCCAAGUGAAACUAUGAGUGAGAGUGGCGGUGAGGAGGAAAAAGAGCCAGAACCAGAGCCGGAGCGUGAAUAUACACCAGCAGGACGGGCCCUGAAGGCAAAAUUUGCUAGACUCCGUGCUCGGCAAAAGGAACGACUUGCCCGUAGGAAUGCAGUUAAAGAAUCACAUCCUGGAGAAGGACUUCCAGGUACUGAGUCACAGUCUCCAGCCAAUGCCAAGGGUGGGGAUCUAGGAACUGGACCAAUGCAUUCAGCUCAAGAGGGGCCUUCUAUCAAUCUAGGAGACAGCAAAUACACUCAACUUCCAGAAGCUCAAAAUAGCAACACUGAUUCCUUAUCAAGGAUUGAUAAGCUUUCGAAACAUAAAAUUAGCAGUCACUUUGAUGUUUCUGUCAAUAAUCCAGGCCGUUCUCUCCCUGAUAUUUUUCUUUCAAAUCACCAUAAGGGGGCACUAAACAUAAUGAACUCUAUACCCACCAACAAUUUGUUGCCUGUUCUGGGACUUCGUGCUCCAAAUGCUAACCAAAUAGAGUCAUCAGAAGGUAACAUUUCAAAGUUAAAUUGGAGACAAAAUAGACAUGGAACCAGACAAGAGUUUCCAUUCAGUCUUGCCCCUUGCUCUGGGACAUCCAUGGAUGCUGAGGUCAGAAGUAAGGAAGUGGCAGCAAAUACGAAGCUGUCUGACGCAUCAACAGAAAAUUUACAACCAAGCUUCAAAAAUAGCAUCCCUGAUAGCAGUCUCCCUUUUGUUCCAGUAUGCUCUCUUAAUAUAUGUGUGGAUUUUAUCGUCAAUUGUGGUUGGCUUUAUGCAUUUGUCCUUAUGAUUGAUAUCCUUUUUUUUUUUUUUUUUUUGCAGUUUCCACCCUCUGUGCAAGGGAAGGAAUCCGAUGCAUUUGAAAAUUCAGGUGCUAGAUUCUCUGCUUUCCAGGAGAAGAUGGCCUUGCCAAACCUACCAUUUGAUGAAAGGUUGCUGGCCAGAUUUCCACUUACAACUAAGAGCAUGCCAAGUUCCCAUCUGGACCUCUUACCGAAUUUGUCAUUAGGAGGAAGACUUGAAGCUUUGAAUGCAUCUAUGCAAGAUCUUCCAACAAUGCCAGCAUUGCCUACGUUCAAAAUACCCCCUGAAGAUUUAUUCAGAUAUAAUCAGCAAGACAGGGAUGCACCCCCUACCUUAGGUUUAGGACACAGGCCAACCACAUUCUCAUCUUUCCCAGAAAACCAUAGGAAGGUGCUUGAAAACAUAAUGAUGAGAACUGGAUCUGGGCCAAGUAAUUUUUUGAAAAAGAAGUCAAAACAAGAUGGAUGGUCUGAAGAUGAACUUGAUUCUCUCUGGAUUGGUGUUCGUAGGCAUGGCAGGGGUAAUUGGGAUGCUAUGCUCAGAGAUCCCAAGUUAAAGUUUUCGAAGUAUAAAACAUCUGAAGAUUUAUCAAUUAGGUGGGAAGAGGAACAAAUAAAGGUCUUUCAGGGGCCACCUUUUCCUGUGCAAAGAUCAUCCAAGUUGACGAAGUCUACCAAAUCGGCACAUUUCCCAAUCUCUGAUGGAAUGAUGGAAAGGGCUUUGCAUGGGAGCAAAUUCCUUUUGCCACCAAAAUUUCAAAACCAUCUGACUGACAUGAAAUUAGGGAUAGGAGAUUCUGCAUCUAGUCUGCCACAUUUUAGAACAUUGGACCGGCCUAGUCUGCAAAAUGAUCACUUUGCACCUCUUCCAUCUUGGAGCUAUGAUAAAAACAAAGCAAAGUUUCCUGAGGAUGCUUCUGCUGAAACAUCUGAUAGACCAGGAACUUCUUCCAAUGCACCAACUGAAAGACCAUUUCUGCUCAAUUCUUUUGGAACUAGUACCUUGGGUUCACUAGGUUUGAAUUGCUCAGGCAGCAUUGAUGUACAGCAAAAGGAGGAUGACCAAGGAAAUACCAAGUGUGGAAAGUUACCUAUACUUCUGGAUGGAUCACCCAAUGACAUGCGUGAUAAUUGCAUUAAUGUAGGAAAUGGUGAAUCUACCAGCUCUGGAUUAUUAUCUAACCCUGUUAGACCUGAUCCUUUGCACUCAAAAGGAGAGGAAGUCGGUGGAAGCAGUUCUUCAAGAGACAAACUUCCCCACUGGUUACGAGAAGCUGUGAGCUCCCCAGCCAAACUUCCUGAUCCUGAACUGCCACCCACAGUAUCAGCCAUUGCUCAAUCAGUUCGCCUGUUAUAUGGAGAAGAUAAGGCCACAAUUCCUCCAUUUGUGAUUCCCGGACCACCUCCCUUCCUACCGAAGGACCCCAGGUGUAGUCUUAAGAAGAAAAAGAAGAGAAGAUCGCACAAGUUCAAUCGCAGGGACUUCCACAGCAGCCAUCAUGUUGAUAAUGGUGCUUCAAGCUCAACUCCUUUGGGCCCACCAUUACCUCUACUUUCUCAGACAGGAACUCUAACACAUCAGCAGAUUGAAUCUGACCUCAACUUGCCUCCUCUUAAUUUGAAGGUGGCAAACCAUUCAAAGGCGACAAGUUCCGGACUGUCUCCUUCUCCUGAAGUGCUCCAGCUGGUCGCGUCCUGUGUUGCUCCUGGUCCUCAUCAUGCUCCAAUCUCUGGUGCUUCAAGCUUUCUUGAGACCAAACUUCCAUUGCCAAGGCCUGUUGGCAGAGCCAAAUUCAAAGACUCAGAAGGCGCCUUCAGAAAUAAGAAGCCUAGGCAUAGGCAGGCUUCACCUAAAAUUUGGUGUUCACCUCAGGAGCAUAUAUUGGAAGACCCUGAUAGUGGAGAUUCCAGCAAGACUCAGUCAGAUCCUUCCCGGGUUGAGCGGCCCCAUGAAGGGGAGGUAUCAUCCGAGGGAACUGUCUCAGAUCAUACUGUGAGAGAUCAGGAAACAUAACUGUAAUUUGUUGGAUAAAAUGAAACCAUAUUCUUUCUUGCUGCUGAUGAAGCCUUUUCACCAAUGCGCUAGAAUUUUUGUAGGUAUGACAGUGAGUGAAGUAGCAAAUAUAGGAUUGUUGAGAACAUGUAAAGUUUUUUCUUCAAGUGAAAUGAAAUAUAGUGUUGCUUGCAGGGUAUUGUUUGUUGCCCUCUUUGUCUAGCAUGGCAUUUUUUGCAAUUGGAACCAGAUAAUAAUUCAUUAUUACCAUCCAUAGUGCUUGUAUUCGUAUGAAGUAUGAUGGAAACAACGUUAGUGCUGCAGUGACAUAGUACAUGUUAUUGUAUUCAACAACAGGAGUUUGGAUGUCAUGCUAUCUUCGACCAAGAGGUUGUUUAUGAGAAUUUUAAAAUAAUGUAUUCUGUAUUUAAUGAUAUAGAUUAACUGAUAAUUUGUUAUUUGUGACUCUUUUAAUUAAAUUGAACGUGUCUCUAAAAAUUUUCCUAAUUUUUAUUUCCUAUAAAAAGUGCAAAAUGUUUGACCGGUGGGAUCCAGCCGAACCCAAACCAGAAACAGGAUUAUAUUCUUCAAACCUAUAUGUAGACACAGGUUGGGAAAGUUUCCUUUUCAAGAAUUUUUAUUUCCAAAAGCCUUAAACAAGUUAAAAAAAUAUUUUUAAAAAUAAACUGAAUAAGACAAGUAUUAAUUAAGGGAGAGUUUAUAUGAGAAAC